AACAAAAAUAUAUAUUUUAAAAAAUCCUCGAUAAGAAGAAGAACACUCUUCUUCACGAAUGUGCUUCUUUCUUUCUCACUCUCUCAUCUUCUUACCUUUUGAAGAUUUCAACAUUUGAAAGUCGAGUUUCUGAAUCCAAAUCUCUGACAAUGGAAGCAAACCAGUUAUAUGGUUUGUAUCUACUUUUUGUUCUGUUACCGUCAGUGACUUCGCCAGUGACAUCGGACGAGGUUGUUUCUUGUACAAUGUGUUCUUCCUGCGACAAUCCCUGUAAUCCCGUCCAAUCAUAUCCUCCUCCUCCGCCUCCUUCUCGUCCACCACCGUCACCAUCAACAACCACCGCAUGUCCUCCGCCUCCUUCUCCUCCGAGCUCCGGCGGCGGUGGUGGCAGCUCUUACUAUUACCCUCCUCCCUCUCAGUCCGGUAGCGGAAAAUACCCUCCUCCAUACGGUGACGGUGGUCAAGGCUAUUACUACCCUCCGCCGUAUUCAGGCAACUAUCCUACGCCGCCUCCGUCGAACCCUAUCGUCCCUUACUUCCCGUUUUACUAUCAUACGCCACCACCAGGUUCUGGUUCAUAUCGGUUUAUGAGUUCUUAUUCUAUUAUGUUUGCUCUUUUCGCCAUCUUCCUCUGUUUAGUGUGACGGAAAAUACGUCGGAGUUCGCCGGAAAAUUACGAAGAAACAUCAAAAUAAUGUGGCAGAUCGGUAGAUCUACAAUAGUCUUUGAAGGCCUUAAAUAUCUUUGAUCAUGGAAACUAGAUGUUGGAUCAAAUGAUUAUCUUUUACUUUCUGCGAUCUGUCAAACUUUUUUUCUUUUCUUGACAAUUUGUAUUUACAUUUUUCUCUUGUUAAUUAACAUUUUAAUUACUCGCUA